GAAUAAGAGUACAGUUGCGUAGCGUAUCUCAUUGUAGGGAAACGUGAUCAGCUGUUGAUCACAAGUAUUCUAACAUUAGAAGCGAAAUCCAUUACUUAACGAUAUUAACUCUAUCAACCCGACAAUUUGCAUAGCGCAAAUUAAUUCUUUUGCACACGAAAUAAUAUUUUGAAAAGAAUCUUACAUCAUGCAAGAUCCAAAUGAAGACACAGAGUGGAAUGACAUUCUCAGAAGAAAAGGGAUUAUACCAGAGAAAGAGAAAGAAGUUACGGAAGAUCAAAUCGUUGACAUUGUGGAAAAUACUAUAAAUGAGAAAACCGGACGUACUGCCAAUGAUUUAGAAAAUAAGACGCUAGAUGAAUUGGAUGAACUAGAGGACGAAGAAGAUGAAAGAGUUCUAUUGGAAUAUCGAAGAAAGAGAAUAGCAGAAAUGAAAGAGUUAGCUAGCAAAUCUAAAUAUGGUGAAGUUAAGGAAAUAUCAGCAAAAGAUUAUGUUCAAGAAAUAAAUAAAGCAGGAGAUGAUGUUUGGGUUAUACUUCAUUUAUAUAAAGCUGGCAUUCCCCUCUGCUCACUAAUAAAUCAGUAUUUAACUAACUUAGCAAAAAAAUUUCCUGCAACAAAAUUUUUGAAAAGUAUUUCUACUACUUGCAUUCCCAACUGGCCUGAUAGCAAUCUUCCUACAAUUUUUAUCUACCACAAUGGAAAUAUGAUAAAACAAAUUAUUGGUCCAAUGGAAUUAAGAGGCAUGAAAUUAACUGAAGCAGAACUGGAAUGGAUGUUAGGACAAGCAGAAGCUGUACCAACGAAAAUUACCAAAGAUCCCAAACCAAAAGUCAGGGAUGUCUUAUUUUCUGUAUUAAGGCAUGAAAGUAAUGACGAAUAUGGUGAUGUUGCUGAUAGUAACGAUUGGUAAUCCUAUUUAUAUUAGGUAUUCACAGAAGCUGAUCUACUGUUUGAAUACUAUUAUUAAGCAUGAAAUAUUUUAUUUAUUUCAAUAUCACAAAUAUUUUAUCACACACAACUCAUCUUUAGUUACUUUUGAAAUUUUAUUAUUAUAA